CCCGGGGCCUGGCCGGCUGCCGCCCGCCCAGCGUCGGCAAAGGCCUCCUGACCUCGCAGAGAGCAAAUCAAAUUGGCUCCCAGCGCGCCGCCUGCAGCCCGAGGAUCCCUUCCCAGAGCGCUUCAGCCUCCCUGUGUUUCUUCUCCCUUCUCCCAGGAGCUGUGUCUGUGCUGCCCCGCCUCUUCCCACCUGGAAUGGAGCAACGUGUGCCCCCUCCCAGCAUCGAGCAGAGAGCCGAGACCCUGCUGUGCCUGUCCCCUGAGGAGGUCGCCGGCCUCCAGGAAGGGAUCAAUUUCUUCCGAAACAAGAGCACCGGCCGGGACUACAUCUUCUACAAGGACAAGGGCUGCCUGAGGGCGUGCAAGAACCUGUGCAAGCACCAAGGGGGCCUGUUCAUCAGGGACAUCGAGGACCUGGACGGCAGGUCCGUGAAAUGCACGAAGCACAACUGGAGGCUGGACGUGAGCACCAUGAGGUACAUCAACCCGCCGGGCAGCUUCUGCCAGGACGAGCUGGUGGUUGAAAUGGACGAAGACAACGGCCUCCUGCUGCUCGAGCUGAACCCUCCCAACCCGUGGGACGCGGAGCCCAGGGACCCCGAGGAGCUGGCCUUCGGGGAGGUCCAGGUGACUUACCUGACGCACGCCUGCAUGGACCUCAAGCUGGGAGACAAGCGGAUGGUGUUCGACCCCUGGCUGACGGGCCCCGCCUUCGCGCGCGGGUGGUGGCUGCUCCACGAGCCGCCCGCCGACUGGCUGGAGCGGCUGUGCCGGGCCGACCUGGUGUACAUCAGCCACAUGCACUCGGACCACCUGAGCUACCCGACCCUGAGGAAGCUGGCGGAGAGGAGACCCGACAUCCCCAUCUACGUGGGCAACACGGAGCGGCCGGUGUUUUGGCACCUGCCCCAGAGCGGCGUGCAGCUGACCAACAUCAACGUGGUGCCGUUCGGGACCUGGCAGCAGGUAGACAAGAACCUUCGGUUCAUGAUCCUGAUGGACGGCGUCCACCCCGAGAUGGACACCUGCAUCAUCGUGGAGUACAAAGGGCACAAAAUACUCAACACGGUGGACUGCACCAGGCCCAACGGGGGCAGGCUGCCCACGAAGGUCGCUCUGAUGAUGAGUGAUUUCGCUGGAGGAGCGUCGGGCUUUCCGAUGACUUUCAGUGGCGGAAAGUUCACUGAGGAGUGGAAAGCCCAGUUCAUCCGCGCGGAGCGGAGGAAGCUGCUGCACUACAAGGCGCGGCUGGUGCGGGAGCUGCAGCCCCGGAUUUUCUGCCCCUUUGCCGGGUACUUCGUGGAAGCGCACCCAUCGGACAGGUACAUUAAGGACACGAACACCAAAAACGACCCGAGCGAACUCAACGACCUCAUCAAGAAAAGCUCCGAAGUGGUGACGUGGACCCCCCGCCCGGGAGCCAUGCUCGACCUGGGCCGGAUGCUCAAGGACCCUACAGACAGUGAGUGCAUCACAGAGCCUCCAGGGGGCGCCAAAGUGUACAAGGACACCUGGGACUUCGGGCCCUACCUGGAGAUCCUGAAUGCGGCCGUGGGAGACUCCGUGUUCCAGCACCCCGCCUGGAUCGAGGAGUACUUCACGUGGGCUGGAUUCAAGGAUUACAACCUGGUGGUCCGGAUGAUCGAGACGGACGAGGACUUCAGCCCUCUCCCGGGCGGGUACGACUACUUGGUCGACUUCCUGGACUUGUCCUUUCCCAAAGAGAGACCGAGCCGGGAGCACCCCUACGAGGAGAUCCGGAGCCGGGUGGACGUCAUGCGGCACGUGGUGAAGAACGGCCUGCUCUGGGACGACCUGUACAUCGGGUUUCAGACCCGGCUGCGGAGGGAUCCGGACAUAUACCACCACCUGUUCUGGAACCAUUUUCAGAUAAAACUGCCCCUCACGCCCCCCAACUGGCAGUCCUUCCUGACGCGCUGUGAGGGGCUCGGGCCCGAGCCGUCCCCGGCCAGGCCCCCCGCAGGUCUGGGGAGCACUGCCGCCGGCGCCCCGUCGGACUCCCUGGGGCACCUACACUGAGGAGCAGGGUGCCCGUCGGGAAGCCUGCCCCGGGGGGAGGAGAGGGGCUAACGUGACGUAGAUGCCGUGAAUAGUGACGACACCCAGCCGCAGUCGGUGGGCCCGCUGGCCUGGGUGAGGCGGGCCCGCAGCCAGUGGAAACCCAGCACAGAAAUCAGCACCGGCGGCCGGCGGGUGCGGAACGAGACCCUGACCAUGUGAACAGAAUCGGCCACGAGACCCGGAGGGCAAGGCAGUGACGACAGAGAGAGACAGAGACACCCCCACCUGCACUUCCACGGGCCACUCCCCCCCCCCCGCCCCCAGGGCGGCCACCCCGCCACCCCGCCGGCGCUGCGGCUUCAUGAACCGACCUGCCACCCUGUCGUCCCACACUGGGAUCGGGAAGGUCACACAGUGUGACCACAGACGGGGAUUCCUCGACUCACACCUUCGUUCCCGUGUUCAUCGUCCACUCACUCCCCAGAUGGCUGCUGCCCCCUCUGCCCAGCGGACUCUGACCUUCCGGGAAGCGGACGUCCUUGCCCGCGUGUCCCGGGGCACACGCGUGUGCGUCCCCGCUGCCCCCGAGGAAGACAGGACAAGCGGACGCGGUCUCCCGCGGUCAGUGGGACUUGCGUCUGAGCUCGGGUCCACAUCCUCACCGGCGGAACUGAGGGCCUAAGUCGGACAGUCUUUUCAGCUGGGAAGCUCCCUGCUGAGCCCAGCAUGCGGCGCCGGGCCGGCGCCAGGCCAGAGGGGUGCCGAGGGCGUCCCCACAGGACGCGAUGGCAAGGCAGAUGUGGGCCGGGGACACCGGGGAGAGAGAGGUUCUGUCAGACCUCUGCGAGGCUCAGGGGGUAUUUCAGGGCAGGUGGGGUGCUGAGAGAGUGGCUUGAAGAGUGGGUGAAGUCUGUAAUACGCUGGCGUGGAGGGGAGGGGUGGGGGAAAGAAUAUUUCAGGCAGACAGAGUGGGUGAGGGGACCACAGUCAUAGCCCCCGGUGGGUCUCACUGACCUUGCAGCGCCAUGGACUAUGUAAUAUGAACUAAAGA